AUGAGGAGGCGUACGAGCCGAAGCGAAAAACAACAAAAGCAACCUGAAACCACCAGCUUGGAGGAGAGGAUCAGACAGCUGACCUGUGUCGAGGACGACAUUGAAGAUGAGGCCAAACCGGAGGAACGGGAUAGUCCAUCCGGCGAAGAAGCCUCUGACACAGCACCCGCGCCCACUUCGAAGCGAAAUUCAUACCCUACCCAGGCGCAGCUGGCAGCGAAUCACAUCAAUAACCCGACUGGCGCUGGCGGUGCUCCAAUUUCUAGUUUCUCUCCCUGCUCAUCUAGUAGUAUUUCUUCGACGUCGUCGUCUUCUAAUAGUUCAUCGUCCGCUUACAGGAAGAUAACAGAACUGUUUACCAGAAAAUCGACUACACAUGAAAAGAUACCUGAGGCAAAUGAGCGGGAAGAUCAGGAUAAUCCGAUAGUGCUUAUGCCUCAAGGAAAUGCGAAUUGCAAAUGUCCCUCGACGGCUCCUGAUCUUGGCAACGGGCAACCUCAUCAGCACAUGCAAUACGCCCCUCAGCCAGGAAUGUUGCUGCAAAACGGGUGCGCACGUGCCUUUGGCAAACAGAACUUCUACGGCAUCCGAAUCAAGGAAACAGUUUCUAUCGUCUCUCGCGCCGCUUACGGCUUGUGUCAGCGCUAA